UUCCGGCUAUCAGGAAGAAUUUCGAGCAAUCAAGAGAAAGUCCGAAAAAAUAUGGCUGCAGCGUUUUCGCUGUCGUUUCUAACACCGCUCAUUUUGAUAACGGCUCUCUUCGCUCGAAAUGCCCAGGCAAUCAUCGCAAAGGAGCAUAUGGAGCGCAGCCCAGCUGUCGAGGCGGAUCCGGGCCAGUUGCCCUGGCUCGCAUUGCUCGAGAUCCCGGAUCGAGAGUACUGCACUGGCACCAUCGUGUCACCCACGGCCAUUCUGUCAGCUGCACUUUGCCUGAAUGGUGCCAGAAAUCCGGGGCACGGAGUGGCAUAUGCUGGUAAUGUCGAGUACACGACGCCUGUGGAUUUUGAACCUCCAACGCAAAAGCGGUCCAUAGUGGAGUAUCACUUGUAUGAUGAGAAUAAUCCCUUAAUCUACAAUUUUAUGUUGGUGAAAAUUGAUCCGAAGUGGACUUGGUCACGAAGUGUUCAACCGAUAGGCAUCAUUGAACAGGAAAGGCUGCCAAUGUAUUUCACACCGUACUGCAACGUGUCGGGCCUGGGGUACGGCAGCAACCUGGAGGAGGACAGCAAGGUGGUGCGCUCGACCGACAUGUGGAUGGGCAACUGGCGAGUGUGCUCGAGCUCGGCCCAGGAGCACCGCAUGUGCACAUUCGACCAGGACUUGCGCGCACCUUGCGUCGGCGACCUCGGUGGCUCCGUACUCUGCGACACCGAGCCCGAGGACAAAUUGUAUGGUAUAAUAUCAGAGGUUGGGUACAGCGGACUUGAGGAGCAGCCAGAUCAUUGCAAAAUUCCGGGUCGUGCCAGUGGUUUUCAGUUUGUUGGAUUUUAUGCGCUUUGGAUAAAGAAAACGGCGGGAGACCUGCCAAGUGCGGAAGAAGUGAAAGCCAUAAGAGAACAGCACGAGGAAGACUUUCUGCCCACCCUCUCUCCGUUCAGAAUUCAAUUGAGGGAGAGGAGGGCCCCUCAAGUUUCUGAUGACCCCGGUGCUGAUGGUGGUGGUGCGGCGGGGGGAGGAGGUGCCGCAGAGACAACUACGGAGGGCGAUGGAGCAGAGUCACAGCUGGUGUCCCGGCGUGGUCUGCCACUGCUCGUGCUGCUGGCAGUCGGGGCUGCAGGGGUGGUCUACUGA